UUUAGGGCGAUUGAUGCUCAGCGGAGUUCUCUGCCAGCGUCCAGGAGCUCCCGGGACAUCGACUCCACGACGUACCGGGAUUACGAUACCCUGCUAGGAGAGCUGGCGCAGUUGGAGGCUGACUUCCCCAACCUGGUCUCCAGCUAUGAAAUCGGAACGACGUACGAAGGCCGUACGCUUAAAGUCAUUGCUGUUUCUAGCGGGCAAGUGGCGAACGCCCCGGUAAUCUGGCUGGACUGCGGUAUCCACGCCCGCGAGUGGGUGUCGCAUGCCACGUGUAUGUACGUCUUGGACCAGCUCACAUCAGGGUACGGAUCUGACGACGUCGUUAACGCGCUCCUCGCUGCUUACGACUUCCAUGUUCUGCCCAUCACCAACCCCGACGGCUACGUUCAUUCCUGGGAUGCGGAUCGACUGUGGCGGAAGAACAGAGUUCCGUACGGCGCUUGUUUCGGCGCCGAUGUCAACAGGAAUUUCGAUUCCAACUUCGGAGGAGAAGGAGCUUCAGACUUGGCUUGCGCUGAUACUUACCAUGGACCCUCAGCUUUCUCUGAGGUGGAGUCCGCGGCCAUAAGAGACUCGCUCAUAGCUCUGGGGUCGCGUGUGAAGGCCGUGUUCACGCUGCACUCUUACUCUCAAUACUGGAUGUUCCCUUACGGCUACACUACAGACCGUCCUGCAGACUACGACGAGCUGAACCGUGUGAGCGCUCUGGCCGUAGAGGCGUUGACAGCGGUUCACGGCACCAGCUACGUCUACGGCAACAUCGCUGAUGUCAUCUACGUGGCGUCGGGCGGCAGCGUAGACUACACCUACGAGACCCUGGGCAUCACCUACUCGUUCGCUGUAGAGCUCCGGGACCAGGGACAGUACGGGUUCCUGCUCCCCGCAGACCAGAUCAUACCUACAGCAGAGGAGUUCUUCGCAGGCUUCUACACGGCCAUCCAGAACUUCCAGUGAUGGCCGGAGUGAAUUUUCAAUAAGGCUAUUUCAAUGUUUUCAGAGCCGGAAUAUAAUAAACAUGAAAAUUGA